CUCUCUCUCUCUCUCUAUACGUAUACAUCUAUAUAUAUAUAUAUAUAUCUCUCUCUCUCUCAUCGUUGUUGUUCUUGAAAGAAUGCCUAGACGUAACGGCGUAUGUUUAUGGUCACUGUAUUCGUGUGCGGUUUUCUGUCUUGUCGCGAUUGUUAAUGCUGAAGACCCGUAUCGGUUCUUUACAUGGAAUGUAACAUUUGGAGACAUAUAUCCAAUGGGCAUUCGCCAACAGGGAAUCUUGAUCAACGGACAAUUUCCGGGACCGGAAAUAUAUUCUGUCACAAACGAUAAUCUGAUCAUCAAUGUGUUCAAUAAUCUGCCGGAGCCUUUUCUUAUUUCAUGGAAUGGAGUACAACAAAGACGGAAUUCGUACGAAGACGGAGUUUACGGUACGACAUGCCCGAUCCCACCGGGACAGAAUUUUACCUACAAGUUACAAGUCAAAGAUCAGAUCGGAAGCUUUUACUACUUCCCGUCACUAGGGUUUCAAAAAGCCGCUGGCGGUUUCGGGGCCAUCAAAAUCCUCAGCAGGCCGAGGAUUCCAGUCCCGUUUCCUGACCCAGCGGAUGAUUACUCCAUUCUUAUUGGAGAUUGGUAUACAACUAAUCACACGAGACUAGAGAAGAUUAUGGAUCUCGGAUGGCGUCUCCCAUUUCCCGACGGUGUGUUGAUCAAUGGUCGUGGUGAUGGUGGUGUCACGUAUAAUGUCGAGCAAGGAAAAACUUAUAGGUUAAGGAUAUCAAAUGUAGGACUACAAAACUCUCUAAAUUUCAGAAUCGAAGGUCACUCGAUGACGUUGGUGGAAGUCGAGGGGACUCACACUGUGCAAACACCGUUAUCGUCUCUAGAUGUUCAUGUCGGACAAUCUUACUCGGUUCUAGUCACCGCGGAUCAACCAUCUCAAGAUUACUACAUUGCGGUUUCCUCCCGGUUCACCAGUCAGAACAUCAACACAACUGGCAUCUUCCGGUAUGCCAACUCCGUCAAGGCGGUCUCCGGUACACCUCCCCCGCCUCCCAACACCGACAUCACUUGGUCGCUAAACCAGGCGAGGUCCAUCAGGACUAAUCUGACGGCCAGUGGACCAAGGCCAAACCCACAAGGGUCAUAUCAUUACGGACAGAUUAAUAUAUCGAGAACUAUAAAAAUAAAUGGUGCGGCUUCGAUAAUCGACAGAAAGCAACGAUAUAGCGUUAACGGUGUGUCAUUCGUCGCAGCUGACACACCUCUUAAGCUGGCAGAUUACUUCAACAUUAGUGGUGUUUUUAAGGUCGGAAGUAUUCCCGACGAACCCACCGAUAAGGCCCCCUAUCUUGACACUUCUGUUAUGGGUGCCGAUUUUCGCGAUUUCGUUGAGAUAGUGUUUGAAAACAGAGAAAAUAUCAUCCAAAGCUGGCAUCUAGAUGGAUACAACUUCUUUGUCGUUGGAAUGGACGGAGGGCGAUGGAGUGAUAAGAGUCGAAACAAUUACAAUCUCGUUGAUGCGGUUUCACGUUGUACCAUACAAGUAUAUCCAAAAUCAUGGACGGCAAUAUACCUUGGACUUGACAAUGUCGGGAUGUGGAACAUCCGAAAUGAAUUUUGGGUGCGACGGUAUCUCGGGGAACAGUUCUAUCUUCGUGUUUAUUCUCCGGUGAUGUCACCGCGAGACGAGUAUCCGCUCCCUCAGAACGCCCUUCUCUGCGGUCGGGCUGUCGGGAAAAGCUCAUGAUUUGUCGUAAAUUAACUAGCCACAAUUGAAUUAAUUGCUAUUUGCAUUGUAAGAUCAGAAAAUGGUCAUAUUCUUUGUUACACCUCAUUUUUUUUGUAAACAUUUAAAGUUAUAAAUAAAUACAACACCUUUAUGUUUAUGUU